AUGAGUUUGUUAUCAGCAGAAGAUUUAAAUGAUUUUAUAUCACCAGGUGUUGCUUGUAUAAAACCAGUUGAAAUAGAUUAUAAAGAAGGGGAAGUUGAAAUACAAAUAGAUUCAGAUGGUAAACCUUUGGAAAUAUCAAAAAUAGAUGGUAAACAAACUAAUUUAUCACCUGCUCAAAUUUCACUAGCUGAUUGUUUGGCAUGUUCUGGUUGCAUAACUUCAGCAGAAGAAGUAUUGGUAGCACAACAUUCACACCAUGAGCUACUAAAAGCUUUAGAAUUAGAUAAAACAUUUGUUGUUUCUAUAUCUCAACAAGCAAGAGCUUCAUUAUCCACAGCAUUUAAUAUGUCAGUUGAAAAUAUGGAUAAAUUACUAAUCAAUUUAUUUAAACAAAUGGGGUUUAAAUAUAUAAUAGGUACAAAUUUAGGAAGAAAAAUAUCAUUAAUUAAUGAAGCUAAACAAAAUAUAGGUAAAAAAGGACCAAUACUAUCUUCAAUAUGUCCUGGUUGGGUAUUAUAUGCAGAAAAAACUCAUCCAUAUAUUUUACCAAAAAUUUCAACAGUUAAAUCAGCACAACAAAUUACUGGAUGUUUACUAAAAAAUUUAACAGCUUUUGAAGGAAUAUCAAAGGAAAAUAUUUUCCAUUUAACUAUAAUGCCAUGUUUUGAUAAAAAAUUGGAAAGUGCCAGACCCGAAAUUUAUGGUGAUACAUUACCUGAUGUUGAUUGUGUUUUAACACCAAAAGAAUUAAUAACCUUGGUUGAAGAAACAAAUUAUAAAUUAAUACCCAAAAUUGGGCUUUCAAAUAUUUUAAAUCAAGAUAUAAAUCAAGUUUAUAAAGAAAAUGCACCUAAAAAUUGGCCAUUUGUUGAUUAUUCUUGGUAUAAUGAUUCGGGAAGUGCUUCUGGAGGUUAUGCAUUUAAUUAUAUACGAAUGGUUCAAGACGAUUUAAUAUUACAAGGUUAUACUAAAACAGAUUUUAAAUUGGAGAAAAUUGAAGGUAGAAAUUCAGAUUUAUAUGAAUAUAGAUUAUAUUAUCAAGAAAUGAAAAUAGCAUCAUCAGCAGUAGUUAAUGGAUUUAAAAAUAUUCAAAAUUUAGUACGUAAAUUGAAUCCAAAUACAAAAAUAAAUCCAAUAAGAAGAAGAGGUACUACAAAAGAUCAAGCAGAUGCAUCUAAAGUAGAUUAUGUUGAAAUAAUGGCAUGUCCUCAAGGAUGUAUAAAUGGAGGUGGUCAAAUAUCUCAUCCACAAGAUAUUUCAGAAAAAGAUUGGUUAGAAGAAGCAUUAAAUAAAUAUAAUUCAAUACCAAUGUUUGAUUUAACUAUAAAUACAAAUCAAAUUGAAAUGUUUAUGAAAUGGUGUAAUUCAUUUGAACAACAAUUUAAUAUAACUAAUGAAAGAUUGCUUAAGACAUAUUUUAAUGCUAUUGAAAAACCAAGUGAUCCACAAGCUAUAUUGGUUGGUUCCAAGUGGUAG